AUGGUUGCAAAGUACUCAACAACAAAGCUUCAUUUUCUUCUCCUUCUGCUUCUCUUCUUUCUGUUAGCGCAUUCUGCAACUCCAUUAAACUUCAGUUUCUCCAGCUUCAGUCAAGACGACAUCCACACCAUAUUUCCCGAGGGCGAUGCUCAUAUGGACGUCCAUUUCCUCCGCCUUACCAAAAGCGCCGAAGAUGACGUUAAAAAUGGCAGCGUGGGCCGAGCCACCUACCGCCAACCCUUCCUCCUCCGCGAAAACCACACCGAAAAACUCGCUUACUUCACCACCACUUUAGACUUCGCCUUCGAAUCGAAGAACGACUCCAGCUAUGGAGACAGCAUCACCUUCUUCAUAGCCCCAAAAGGGUCCUUGCUCAACACCACACUGGGAUCUGGUAGCAGUCUCGGCCUCCCCUACAACUUGUUAGAUUUGUAG